CCAUUUCGGACUUUCUUCCACAUAAAGCAGAACAGACACCACCAUUACCAAUUCUCUUCUUCUCUGGAUUUUCGGAACAUUUAAGAUUCAGAUCAGACAGAGAGAAGAGAGAGAGAGAGAGAGAAAAUGCAACAAGGAGCUGUUGAUUCGGCGAUGCCUGAUUCUUCUCAGAACCCGAACGCCGGUCAGGUGGGAGAUUUUCCGGUCGUUCCCACACAUGGAGGACGUUAUAAUGAAUACAACAUCUUCGGUAAUCUGUUCGAGAUCACCUCCAAGUAUCGGCCUCCUAUAAUGCCCAUCGGACGUGGCGCUUACGGAAUAGUCUGUUCUGUAUUGAAUUCGGAGACGAAUGAAAUGGUUGCUAUCAAGAAAAUAGCCAAUGCUUUCGAUAAUCACAUGGAUGCCAAACGGACACUCCGUGAGAUUAAGCUUCUUCGACAUUUAGAUCACGAGAAUGUCAUCGGUAUAAAAGAUGUAACUCCGCCACCUGUUCGAAGUGCGUUUUGUGAUGUCUAUAUCGCCACUGAACUCAUGGACACUGAUCUUCACCAAAUAAUUCGCUCCAAUCAACAAUUAUCAGAAGAGCACAGCCAGUAUUUCUUGUAUCAGAUCCUUCGAGGGCUGAAGUAUAUACAUUCUGCAAAUGUAAUUCACAGAGAUCUAAAACCCAGCAACCUCUUGCUGAAUGCAAAUUGUGAUUUGAAAAUUUGUGACUUUGGUCUUGCUCGGCCAACCUCGGAGAAUGAGUUUAUGACAGAAUAUGUUGUCACCAGAUGGUAUAGGGCACCCGAACUGUUGCUGAACUCUUCAGAUUACACUGCUGCAAUUGAUGUGUGGUCCGUGGGUUGCAUCUUUAUGGAGCUAAUGAAUAGGAGACCAUUAUUUCCUGGUAGAGAUCACGUGCAUCAGAUGCGUUUGCUGACAGAGCUUCUUGGCACACCAAAUGAAUCUGAGCUUGGGUUUGUUCGGAAUGAAGAUGCAAGGAGGUUUAUUCGGCAACUCUCCCCUCAUCCUCGCCAGCCAUUUGCACAGAUUUUUUCCCACGUUCAUCCAGAUGCCAUUGACCUUAUUGAGAAAAUGUUGACGUUUGACCCCACCAGAAGAAUCACAGUUGAAGAAGCGCUUGCUCAUCCUUACCUGGCAAGAUUACAUGAUAUCGCUGAUGAACCCGUCUGCCCUGAGCCCUUCUCUUUCGAGUUUGAGAGACAGGCCUUGACAGAGGAUCAGAUGAAGGAGAUGAUAUACAGAGAAGCCUUAGCAUUUAAUCCGGAGUAUAUUGUUUGGUAGUCCUAUGGUCUUGGUAUUGUGGAUGAAUUGAGUGCAUAUAUAUAUAUAUAUACAGAGAUGCAUCAGGGAGGGACUACUGACAUGCCAUUUAACCAUCAACUUGUCCCAUCUUGAGAAAUUAUGUCAAGGGUUGAUGCAUCAGAAGAUUGCACACCACAUACUCCAGUGAGCAACAUUUGCAGAUCUUUGUUGUUUCUGAUUGCCUUUUUGUUCGGCGAUGAUGUCUCUUUAGGAAGUGCUGAUUUCUUACUUCUAGUGUUCUUGUUUUAUGACUACAGAUUGUGACGCCCAUCAAUGGGAUUCAUUCUAUAGAUUUACAGACUGUAGAGCUAUCAGUCACCUUACAAGGUUUGUAAAACUGAUAGCUCUUCUAUACUUGUGAGAGUUCCUGGUUUUUCUUGUGCCAAUUUUUAUUUCCUGGAUUAUUUUGAUCCUCAAGAGUUUCUGUUGUAUCUUUGGUGUAAAAUAGUAUGUAGACAGAAGAAUUUAUUUGAUUGUAUUUGUUUGGAGGGUAUGCUAAUGAGAAAUAAAAAGCCCUUCAAAUUAUUUUUUUUGG